AUGUCAUUGAAAGAAUCAAUUUCACGUGUAUUACCAAAAGAUAAAGAGUAUGAAUUGUUCCAUUUCCAAUCAAAACCAAGAGAAACUCAUCCUUUAGUAUCUCAAAAAUCAUCAUCAUCAAUUCAAUCAGAUCAAAUUAAAACUAUAAAAAUUGAACAUUUUAUAACUUUAGCUCAUGAAAGUUUAAUAUUUUUCGGAAUUGAAUUAUUCAUAUAUAUAACUAUUAAUCAUUUGGAAAAUACUACUGAGAAAUUAUUAUUUGUUUCAAAAGCUGAUACAAAUGGUCAAAAUGUUUCUAAUGCCAAAAUUGGUCCAAUUACUCAAGUUAUCUUAAAUCAUAUUAUUCAAAUACCAAUUGAUAAUUAUUUACAAGAAAUUAUACCCAAGAAUCCAAUUGAAUCAACAGAAACAGAAAACACAAUAAAUUCCAAAACAAUUACAAAAUCAACUGGAACAAAAGAAGCUUUAAAAAUUCUCUUGGAGAGACAUCGUGGUAAUUAUAUAAAACCACAAGUUAUUCAACCAUAUAAAAUUUCAAAUUAUCCAAAACCUAUCAAGACAAAAAUUUCUUUAUUUACAAGAUCUGAACCUCAAUAUUUAUUCCCAUCAUCUGGCGAAAAUCCAAAAAAACAUGUUCUUGGUGGUGAAGGUUUAUUAAAAUGGUGGUUAAAAAUUCUUGAUUCAUUAAUUUUAAAUACUUUCCAAAAUGAUGAAAAUUUACAAUUAAAAUUACAAAUUCCUGCAGAAGAUCCAAAAAUAAUUGAACGUUAUUUUAAAAAUUUACAAAAUAAUAAUUGGAAAGUUGGUGAUAUUUUCAAUGGAAAUGAUAAAGAUUUAGCAUUAUAUAAAAUUCCAUUAUUUCCUGAUGAUCCAAAGGCAAGAUUUUUAGAACAUUUAGUUGUGGAAAAUCGUGCUAAGAAUGUUGAUUUACGUCAAUUUUGGAUUGAACUACAAGCAAGACAAGAAUUUAGAUUAGGUGUUACUGUAUCAGUCAUUGGAAUUGAAGGAUUUUUGAAAACAGUUGAUAAUCAUAAUGAUAAUAAUGAUUCUAUCUUGUUAUCACGUCGUCAUUUUAAAAAAUUGAAAAACUAUAUAACAGGUGAAGAUUAUUCAGAUACAGAAGGAGCUUUAGAAUCUUAUAAGAAUAUAGAUAAUUAUUUGGAAUCUCAAUUAGAUCAAUCAGGAAUGAAAAUUAUUGGGAAUUUCGUUAAACCUGUCAAACCAGAUAAUCUUACAACAGCUACCACAACAUCAUCCACAGUGAAUGUACUAACACCAGUACGUCGGAAAGCUAAAGAACAACCAGUAAUCAAUAAUUUGACUACUCAAGUUAGAAAGAAACAAAAGAAAUAG